AAACCGGCCAGUGCCCCAUGUGGGCCUGAGUCUUGGGCAGGCAGUGGGCGUGGGAUAGCAGCUUCCUGAAUGCCCCCACCUCCCACCCCAUGGCCCUGCCCAGAACUGAUGGCCUUCAUUAGUCCAUGGCACUUAUCUUGGAACCACAGCCACUGACAGAACAGUCCCUGCCCUUCUCUGCCUGCCCGGCUCCCAGCAGUGCCAUGGGGAACUGCAUGCACGGGGGUGUCCACCUGGUGCCUGAGGAGAACCCUACUACGUUCGUGUUUGAAGGGGAUAUUUUUGAUGAGUUUAAUGAUUCCUAUGAACUGGAAUAUAACAACACCGACCUGGAAGCAGCUGCCCCCUGCCACUCCUGUAUCCUGCUUGAUGACUCCUCACUGCCCUUCUUCAUCCUCGCCAGCAUCCUGGGCAUCCUAGCUAGUGGAGCUUUCCUCUUCACACUUCUCAGACCUCUCUUCCACUGGCAGCUCUGCCCUGACCGGCCUAUCCUGGUACAGCUGGCUGUGGGCAGUGCCCUCUUCAGCAUUGUGGUGCCCAUUGUGGCACCAGGGCUAUCAGGAGUCUACAGCGCCCACUUGUGCCACCUGGCCCACUUGGUCUGGUAUAGCUCAGCCUUUGCCCUGGCUCUGCUGAUAGGGUGCCGUGCCUGUCUGGGCCCCAAACUGAGUGCAAGCCAAGUCCCAUGCCUUACCUUGGGGCUCACUGUGGGUCUCUGGGGAGUAGCUACUCUACUGGGGCUGCCUGUCCUGGCCAAUGAUGUGCCUCAUGGACGCUGCACCCUGACAUUCAGCCGGGGCCGAGGGGUUUUGCCAGCCAUACAUGCUGCAGCCUGUUUUUCCAUCUUUUUCUUGUUGCCACUGGGUUUGUUGGGAGCUAAGGGGCUAAAGAAGGCAUUGGGCAGGGGACCAUGUCCCUGGGUUGAUAUCCUGUGGGUCUGGUUCAUUUUCUGGUGGCCUCAUGGGCUGUUUCUGGGAUUAGACUUCCUGGUGAGGUCCAAGUCCUUGAAAUUGUCAACAUGUCUGGCCCAGCAGGCCCUGGACCUGCUGCUGGAACUGACAGAUGCCCUGGCAAUAUUGCACUGUGUGGCUACACCCCUCCUCCUAGCCCUGUUCUGCUACCAGGCCACUCGCACUGCCGCACCCUCCCUGCCUCUCUCAGCAAGAGAGUCUUCUCAUCUGGACACCAUUGGAGGCAAAUCUUCCCACCUGUCAAGCUGAAUUAAAGUCUAUGCUGCUUUUA